AUGGCCAAUAGCAGCAACAUCGUUGCUGUGCACUACCGGGUGGGCCACAAAAUUGGCGAGGGCUCCUUCGGUAUCAUCUUCGAGGGCGUCAACCUCCUUGACAACACGCCUGUGGCAAUCAAGUUUGAGAGCCGCAAGAGCGACGCUCCACAGUUAAAAGACGAGUUCAAGGCGUACCGUAUCCUAUCGGGCACCCCAGGCAUCCCCCAGUGCUUCUACUACGGCCACCAUGGCUCAACACACAACAUCUUGAUUAUCGACUUGUUGGGUCCGUCGCUAGAGGACUUGUUCGAUUGGUGCCGCCGCAAGUUUUCCGUGAAAACUGUCUGUCUAUUGGCGAAACAGAUGAUCCGGCGCGUGCAGGCGAUCCACGAGUACGACUUGAUUUACCGCGACAUCAAGCCCGACAACUUUCUUGUAGGGAACCCCCAGCUGCCUAGCCGCGACGUGCUCUACAUGGUGGACUUUGGGAUGGCGAAGCAAUUCCGCGACCUGCGCACCAAACAGCACAUUCCGUACAAGGAGAAGAAGGCGCUUAGCGGCACCGCGCGCUACAUGUCGAUCAACACGCACCUUGGCAUCGAGCAGUCGCGCCGCGACGACUUGGAGAGCUUGGGGCACGUGUUCUUCUAUUUCCUCAAGGGCUCCUUGCCAUGGCAGGGCUUGAAGGCCAAUACGAACAAGGCAAAGUACGAGAAGAUUGGUGAGAAGAAGCUCAACACCUCCAUCAACGAGUUGUGCUUCGGCUUGCCCAUCCAGUUUGCCGAGUACUUGUCGAACGUACGGAGUCUCAAGUUUGAAGAGACCCCUGAUUAUGACUACUUGGUGCGCCUUAUGGAUCUCGCUUUGGAAUCGCUCGGCGAGGCCGAUGACGGGUACUAUGACUGGAUGGACUUGAACAACGGUAGAGGCUGGGACUUGACGUUGAACAAGAAGCCAAACUUGCAUGGUUAUGGGAAUCCUGACCCGCCCCAGAAGCGCGUGCGUGACGUUAAGCCGCGCCAGUCGUCGCAGUCGCAA